AUUAGAGAUUUUGUUGUAAGUAUCUAAUCAUUUUUAGAGAGAAUUCUGAUUGACUCUAAAAAUGAUUAGGGAAAAAGUGAAAAUUUUGUUUGGAAAUCAGGGAAAAGUGAGAGAAAAAUUAAAUUUCUGUGGCAACCCUAAAAGUAGAAAAAAAGAAUAAUUUUUUUAGAAUAAAAUUGUCUCCUCUAAAUAUGAUGGCCUAUGCCAAUGAUUUUGGCGUUAGCCGAGUUUAAAGAAAAUAUUGAUCAGCCCGGUUCGUGGUCCAGGGGGAUGAGAUCUGCGCGAUGCUCAUGCCCGGUUCGAUUCUUCUCAGCUGGCUGCUCGAGUCACUUCACCAUUUAAAAAAAAAAAAAAGAAAAAGAAAUUUCUUCGCCGACACGCCGCCAAACAUGUUGUUAUUAAAAAUGUUUAUACAACGUUGAAAAUUUUCAAUGUUUUUAUGAGAGAGAAAAAAAAUAUGUAGUUAACACGUGUGUUUUGCCUUUGUGGGCAGUUUCAUUUUCAACUAAAAACUACUAAAGGAAAAGAGAAAAAGGAAAAAAAAGAAUAAGAGAAAACGUUGAGAGAGUGGUCCAUAUGAAUUCUCGUUGGCCCCAUGUUCAUCUUCUACUGGCUUUUCAGCCUCCUCUUGACCCGAAAAUUUAAGUUUCGCUAUAAUGCGAUUAAAAUGCACCAUCGAAGACAGGAAGAUUACUUUCAACCCGGAAGCAACACGUUUUUUACGAAUUUGGCAUCAACUGGUCGCGUUUUAUCGAAACACAACCCCCGGGGAAAGAAGUUUACCCAAGAAAAGCCUCACGAUUGCGAAUAUAAUCCCAAUUAUGAUGUUGGGACGGAAGCAAAGUCUCAAAGGGGAGCCCGUCCUGGCCGAUUAUGGCCCGGAGGAGUUCCUCAAUGAGAGCGCUGAUAUUGAGUGGGUGAACAAGCUUUGGGUGCGGAGACUAAUGAGGUUUUGUGCUCUCGUUUCCCUAGCCUCAGUUUGUUUAAAUACUCCAAAGACCUUUGAAAAAGUUCCACCUCUCCAGUAUGUAACGUUUGUCUGCGAUCUCGUUGUUACAUUCCUUUUCACGGCCGAAAUGAUUGCCAAAAUGCACAUACGUGGAAUAGUUAAGAGAGACAAAGCUUAUCUGAAAGAUCAUUGGUGCCAAUUUGACGCCAGUAUGGUUCUAUUUCUUUGGCUUUCGGUUAUUUUACAAAUGUUUGAGAUGUUGGGCUUCGUUUUGAAAUUUAGUUACGCCUCUGUAUUGCGAGCACCACGACCAUUGAUUAUGAUUCGAUUCCUUCGAGUCUUCCUUAAAUUUUCAAUGCCAAAAGCCAGGAUUAAUCAAAUUUUUAAGCGUUCGAGUCAACAGAUUUACAAUGUGACGUUAUUCUUUUUAUUUUUUAUGUCACUCUACGGUCUUUUGGGAGUACAAUUUUUCGGACAAUUGACAAAUCAUUGCGUUCUGAAUACAACCGAUCCGAAGCACAUUACAAUUAAUAGUUUAGCGAUUCCGGAUACAUUUUGCUCGACCGAUCCCGAAUCGGGUUAUCAAUGUCCCGAUGGAAUGACGUGCAUGAAAUUGGAAUUAUCCAAGUAUAUAAUGGGCUUUAAUGGAUUCGACGAAUUCAUGACGAGUAUUUUCACGGUCUAUCAAGCGGCAUCGCAGGAAGGAUGGGUUUUCAUAAUGUAUCGAGCAAUCGACAGUUUACCAGCUUGGCGAGCAGUUCUUUAUUUCAGUACAAUGAUAUUCUUUUUGGCUUGGCUGGUGAAAAAUGUUUUCAUUGCCGUUAUUACGGAAACUUUUAACGAAAUUAGAGUUCAAUUUCAGCAGAUGUGGGGUGUUCGGGGUCAUAUCAGUAACAGUACAGCAUCACAGAUUCUGACUGGCGACGAGAAUGGCUGGAAAUUGAUAACUCUCGAUGAAAAUAAACACGGUGGUAUGGCCUCACCUCUUUGUCAUGCAAUUUUACGUUCGCCUCAAUUUCGAAUGGUCGUAAUGUGCAUUAUCCUCGCGAAUGGCGUUACAACUGCAACAAUGAAUUUCAAACAUGACGAGAGACCAAGAUAUACUUAUUACGCCGCUUAUUAUUACGUCGAGAUUGCCUUCACAAUUCUUCUUGAUUUGGAAACACUCUUUAAAAUUUGGUGUCUUGGAUUUCGAAGUUAUUAUAAACAUUCAAUUCAUAAAUUUGAACUUCUUCUCGCAAUUGGCACUACUAUUCACAUCAUUCCCUUCUGCUAUCUUUCGGGUUUUACCUACUUUCAGGUUUUAAGAGUCGUGAGACUUAUCAAGGCAUCGCCAAUGUUGGAGGAUUUUGUGUACAAAAUUUUUGGACCCGGAAAAAAAUUGGGUAGUUUGAUAAUAUUCACCAUGUGCCUGCUCGUUAUAUCGUCCAGUAUUUCCAUGCAACUCUUCUGUUUUCUUUGCAGUUACACGAAAUUCGAAACAUUUCCCGAAGCUUUUAUGUCCAUGUUUCAAAUCCUGACACAAGAAGCUUGGGUGGAAGUCAUGGAUGAGACAAUGGUGCGAACUCACGAGACAAUGGCACCUUUUGUCGCCAUUUAUUUUAUCCUGUACCAUCUUUUUGUAACAUUGAUUGUGUUGAGUCUUUUCGUCGCCGUAAUUUUGGACAACUUGGAACUUGACGAGGAUAUCAAAAAAUUAAAGCAACUCAAAUUUCGUGAGCAAAGCGCCGAAAUUAAGGAAACCCUUCCAUUUCGACUGAGAAUAUUCGAAAAGUUCCCCGACAGUCCUCAAAUGACUUGUUUGCAUAAAGUUCCUUCAGAUUUUAAUCUUCCGAAGGUAAGAGAAAGUUUUAUGCGACAAUUUGUCUAUGAAGUCGAAGAUGAGGAAAAUGAGGGAACGAAAAAAAUUAGCGAGACUUUCGAUUCGAAAAUGGUUUAUCGAAAACACAGACCAGUUAAAAUAUUGAACGAUCCACCGAAAGUGAGAAAUGUCGUGACUCCUUUGAAGAAAGCAGCAGUCACUUAUAUAAUUAAUGAUUCAAAUAAUCAGAGAUUAAUGCUUGGCGAUUCGGCAAUGAUACCAGUUCCUGGUAAAGGUUUAUUGAAACCCCAAGGCACAGUCAGUAGUGCUAAACAACUGCGAAUUGAUCAAAAAAAAUCAGUGCGUAGAAGUGUGCGUAGCGGAUCCAUAAAAUUAAAACAAACUUACGAGCAUCUCAUGGAAAAUGGAGACAUUGGAGCUAUAAAUCGUGUGAGUUCGUCAAGAAGUAGGCCUCACGAUUUAGAUAUAAAACUUCUACAGGCAAAAAGACAACAAGCGGAAAUGCGAAGAAAUCAGAGGGAAGAUGAUCUUCGGGAGAAUCAUCCCCUUUUUGAUACUCCACUCUUUGCAGUGCCACGUGAAAGUAAAUUUAGAAAAAUUUGUCAAUUACUAGUAUACGCCAGAUAUGAUGCAAGAUUGAAAGAUCCUCUUACUGGCAAGGAGAGAAAAGUCCAGUACAAAAGUUUACACAAUUUUCUCGGACUCGUCACAUAUUUGGAUUGGGUAAUGAUUUGCUCAACGACCAUGUCCUGCAUAUCGAUGAUGUUUGAAACUCCUAAAUAUCGAGUCAUGGAAGUUCCCGCAUUGCAAGUUGCCGAAUAUGGUUUUGUCAUUUUCAUGAGUCUCGAGUUGGCCUUAAAAAUUCUGGCCGAUGGAUUAUUUUUUACACCCAAGGCUUACAUUAAGGACGUUGCCUCUGGAUUGGAUGUAUUUAUCUACGUGGUGAGUUUGGUGUUUCUUUGUUGGAUGCCAAACAGUGUGGCGCCAAAUUCAGGAGCUCAAUUUCUAAUGAUUUUACGUUGCGUGAGACCGUUGAGAAUUUUCACUUUAGUGCCGCAUAUGAAAAAAGUGGUUUACGAAUUAUGCCGUGGAUUUAAGGAAAUUCUUUUGGUAUCGACAUUACUUUUUUUGCUCAUGUUCAUAUUUGCGAGCUAUGGAGUUCAACUUUAUGGCGGUCGAUUGGCCCGAUGUAAUGAUCCGACGAUUUUAAAACGAGAAGAAUGCGUUGGAGUUUUUAUGAGGCGAGUUUUCGUCACGAAAAUGAAACUUCAACCGGGACAAAAUGAAAGUUAUCCAUCAAUUCUCGUUCCUCGUGUUUGGGCGAAUCCGAGACGAUUUAAUUUUGACAAUAUUGGCGAUGCGAUGCUGGCUUUAUUUGAAGUCUUGUCAUUUAAAGGUUGGCUGGAUGUUCGCGAUGUAUUGAUUAAAGCUCUUGGUCCUGUCCACGCUAUUUACAUUCACAUUUACAUUUUUCUUGGUUGUAUGAUUGGCUUGACACUCUUCGUGGGUGUGGUGAUUGCAAAUUAUUCAGAAAACAAAGGAACUGCUUUGUUGACUGUGGAUCAACGGCGAUGGUGUGACUUGAAGAAGAGAUUGAAAAUUGCUCAGCCAUUGCAUUUGCCACCGAGACCAGAUGGCAAAAAAUUCAGGGCCUUCAUUUACGAUAUCACUCAGAAUAUUUACUUUAAACGAUUUAUCGCCGUAAUGGUUUUGAUCAACAGUUCACUUCUGUGCGUUUCGUGGAGAAUCGAGGAAAAGCACACUGGAGCCCUGGCGACUGUUUCGACAGUUUUGACCCUCGUCUUUCUCGUCGAAGUUGUAAUGAAGAAUAUUGCCUUUACUCCACGGGGUUAUUGGCAAUCGAGAAGAAAUAGAUAUGAUUUAUUGGUGACAGUUGUGGGCGUUAUUUGGAUUGUUAUUCAUGGUACAAUGAAAAAUGAUCUCUCCUACGUGAUUGGCUUUAUGGUCGUGAUUUUGAGAUUUUUCACCAUCACUGGCAAGCAUACAACUUUAAAAAUGUUAAUGUUAACAGUUGGCGUUUCCGUUUGCAAAAGUUUCUUCAUUAUAUUCGGAAUGUUCCUGUUGGUAUUUUUUUACGCUUUGGCGGGGACAAUUUUAUUUGGCACCGUCAAGUACGGCGAAGGAAUAGGACGUCGAGCAAAUUUCGAAUCGCCAGUCACUGGAGUUGCGAUGUUAUUUCGAAUAGUUACCGGCGAGGAUUGGAAUAAAAUUAUGCACGAUUGCAUGGUUCAACCACCGUAUUGUACUCCGGCUCCAAAUUAUUGGGAAACAGAUUGUGGAAACUUUCAUGCCUCAUUAAUUUAUUUUUGUACAUUUUACGUCAUUAUUACCUAUAUUGUUUUAAACUUAUUGGUGGCUAUUAUCAUGGAGAACUUUUCGCUGUUUUAUUCGAAUGAAGAAGAUGCUUUAUUGUCGUACGCGGACAUAAGAAAUUUUCAAAAUACAUGGAAUGUGGUUGACAUUCAUCAACGUGGAGUUAUUCCCGUUAGAAGGGUAAAAUUUAUUCUUCGUUUAUUAAAAGGCAGAUUGGAAACAGAUCCACAAAAGGAUAGAUUGCUUUUCAAGUACAUGUGUUAUGAACUUGAACGACUUCACAAUGGUGAAGAUGUUACAUUUCAUGAUGUUAUCAAUAUGCUAUCCUAUCGUUCAGUGGAUAUAAGAAAAGCUCUGCAACUUGAGGAAUUGCUGGCACGAGAAGAAUUCGAAUACAUAAUUGAGGAAGAAGUGGCAAAGCAAACCAUAAGAACGUGGCUUGAGGGAUGUUUGAAAAAAAUUCGAGCCGUCGGGAAACAGCAGAACAGUCUUAUCGAUGGAUUAAGAGCAACAAAUGAUGCUGCAGCGCAACAACAGGACCACGUCGAGGAAAAAGUGAAAGAAACAAAGGAAGAUCAUCGAGAGGAAGAACCAGAGCAAAAAGAAAACGAAGGUCUAAGGCAUCGAAUGAAGAAACCGGUGGUACUCCCAAGAUCCGACAGUAUUGAAAGUAGUUCCGGGAGAAAAUAUUUAGCUCCUACAUUAUCGGAUCCAGCUUCAGUGAGAACUGAGAAAGAGAAGAUGGCAGUGUACAAGAAGAGAAACAACAGACCUCCUCCUGUAGUAAAAAAUAAUUUACCACAUCUCACAGAGGGAAGUGAACAAAGUCGACAGACGAAGGAAAUAUUUAGUGCAAAAUCUUCUCCACCAAAAGUAUCAAAUAUCGUCACAGAAGUUCGCGAUUGGUGGCGUGAACAAAUUGCAUAUACUACUGAUACCAGUGACGAGGACGAUGAUUUAUAGUCAAAUUUAUAAGGUUUGUAAAUAUUUUUUUUUUAAAAGUCACUUAGGAUUUUUAAUCAUCAGUAUUUAAAAAAAGAAAAAGAACUAAAAAAAUUUCUAUAUUGAAAAGUGGAUUUAAAAUUUCAGUGUCGGGUAAUGUUUUUUAAAAAAAGUACACUGUAAAUUUUCUUCACGCCCUGAAAAUAUAUUUUCCUGGCCUUGACAAAUAUUGGCCUAUUAAAAUAAAAUUUACAUCUCCCGAGAGAAUUUAUAAAAGAAAAGAACGAAUUUAUUAAAACGAAACUAUUUAAAUUUACGGGGAA